UGCAUCUACUACAUGCAGUAUAUAUAUAUACAUUUCUUUGACUUAUUGGUGAUUUUUAGCACCUGGUAGCAAUUUUUAGAAUACGUAAAAAAUAAGCAGCUCAUCAUUAUCAGAAUUCUAACAGCUCUGUACGUCAGCGUGUAAGAUAUUUUAAGAAAAUAUUGUAAUUGGUCUAGCACUGAUUUUGUGUUUGCUAGAAACAUUUACCGUCUAUCUGUUUUAUCUCAAAUGCCAUUUAAUAGAAAGAAUGUAUUUCACUGUUCUUAUUUGCUUGCGAUAGCUGCUAGCACAAAGGUUAUACGGAUGUAUCUUGUACAUUGCCCUAGAAACUCUGUGUCCUAAGGUAAAGCGUAAUUGCCUAUGUGUGUUCUACUGCAGACUGCACGCAUCAAGGACGAUUUUUGAAAUGCCAAAUUCUGAGGCUUUUGUUCCGAUGGUUCAAAUGCCUGUUUGAACUACUGAACGAAUGCACAGAAAAAAUUAUUUAUUGUGUAGCAACCCUAGGUCUUACUUAUUCUGUAGACCUACACGUUGAACAUGCUUUAUCAAUAAAACAAUGCAAAAUGUACAUGAGUUCUAUAGUCAGACCGAUUUAGAAAAGAAGCAAUAUUGUAGUUCGUUCGAAUACUACUAAGAAGAAACCGUUCUUUGGAGAAUUAAAAAAAAAUUGUAUUAGCUCAGCAGAUAAAAAAAGCUGAAUGUAUGUUUAUUUUCGUUUAUGCCACAUAAAUUUGCAUUUUCUACAAAAGUGAAAUAUGCCAGAUGAAUAAAAGCGACGGUAUUUAGUUUUGCUUUUUGAAAAUAUUUAUUUUUGGCUGACGCUUUUUAAUUGUAAGAUAAUGUAACAAGUGUAUGAUAACUGCGUAACAUGACUCGUAAUUUAGGAAUCCAGAAUAUGACCAAAUCGCGUUUGAUUAUGUACUUUGUCGCUUACCAUGAAAACGUUUGUAAAAAUAUCUCGCACCACAGGAAAGGAUGAAUAACCAGACAGAAAUACAUAGAAUAUCACCGAACCGAUGAAAGUACCUAUACAACGUUAAUGUGUGUUAACGGAACUGUGCGAAAACAGUGAUGGAACCGAACUGAUAAUUUAGCAUACACAGGUACUAAAAUAAGGAGUGUUACAUAAGGGUCUGAUAACAGUGAAGUAAGCGGUCUGAUAACAGUGAAGUAAGCUCAAAGCUGCUAAAAUGUGCAAGUCAAAAUGUUGAAGUACGUUGCACACUUCAUGAGUUCACUGUUGAACUGUGACUCAGCUUCCAAACGACUAGCACGUCGAAGAAGACAGACAUAUGGUCCAGAUAAUACUGAUGGUAUAGUGACAAUCAAAAUGAAAGCAGAUAGACAGCAGAUAUUUGGCUUCAACCUUAGGAUUGAAGCAGAGAAGAAUAAUCCGGUUGUUGUAUCAAAGGUUAUUUUGAACUCACCAGCUGAUACAUGUCUACCUCAGCUAAAUGAAGGUGAUCAAAUUUUAUCAGUCAAUAACAACGACAUUCGUGGACUUAAACAGGAUGAGAUCGAAAAGUUAAUUCAAAGAGCAGCCGAAUCUUCAGACAGAGAACUGAAUUUAAGAGUUCGACAGAGAGUGUAUGAUGGAGAAGAAGAAAAAGACGCUGCUUUCUCUCAGUUUUCCAAAACGACGAAUGCCUCUCCCCGAUUACCACGGCGAGAUACCCUCAGUGAUUCAAUAGUCUUACUUAGUGAAGGUCUGGAGGAUGAAUCGCUUAUAUUUAAGUUUGAAAGUAUCUAUAGAAGGAAGCCAGGAGAAACAACAGAAAUUGCAAAGUUACAUGAAAAUUUGCGAAAAAAUCGUUACAGGGAUAUCUCUCCGUAUGAUGCAACCAGAGUUGUACUCCAGAGUUGUACGUCAGGAGACUACAUAAACGCUAGUCAUGUAAAUAUGGAAAUACCAACUUCUAAAAUUGUAAAUAAAUAUAUUGCCACACAAGGACCCUUACCGACUACGUGUAUUGAGUUCUGGCAAAUGGUGUGGGAACAAAAAUCCACGUUAAUUGUUAUGCUAACAACGUUACUGGAACGGGGCCGACUGAAAUGUCAUAAAUACUGGCCAGAUAAAAACAAAACGGAGACUUACGGUCAGUUGGAGAUUACCUGUGUGGUUGAGGUAGAAACUACGUCUCUUGUUCAUCGGGAACUUCAUCUGAUAAAUAAAGAGGAAUCUACAGAAAGAAAAGUAAUUCAGAUGCAGUACGUUGCAUGGCCAGACCACGGUGUACCUGUUGAUGCUAGCGACUUCCUAGCUUUUGUCGGCAAGGUGCGAAACUACCGCGAAGGGACGGACGUUCCCAUAAUAGUUCACUGUAGUGCUGGGAUUGGAAGAACAGGAGUUCUCAUCUUGAUGGAAACUGCUAUGUGCCUUAUUGAGGCUGAUGAGCCAGUUUAUCCAAUAGAAGUUGUCCUAGAGAUGCGAAGACAAAGAGCUAUGUUGAUCCAAACAACUAGUCAAUUCAAGUUUGUAUGUGAAGCCAUUCUUAAAGUUUUCAAGGAGGGUAUAGUAAAACCACUUGAAGCUCCCACAAGAUAAAGGCGGUUGGCGACAAGAGAAAACGGUAUUCAAGAUGUUUAUCCACAAAUAACUAGUUAUGGUGAAUCCAGAGACAGCUAACAUACGAUUCAAUCAAUUUUACGUCAUGCGUGUUGUUUUCUUGUCUUCCAACAGAUCCACAAACUUAUAAAUAGUGUAAAUAACAAUGAUGAACUUACAUUUCAUGAACUUAUCCACACGAGCUUCAAAAGUACCGAAAAUAUCGUUCCAUCUGGAUCAGAUUUUUAAAGUUCACUCACGUCUUUCAGGUGAAUUGUAAAAAUCACGGUAUAAAGUUUGAAGACAAGAAUGAUUCAUGCUUUCUAGUACGAACCCUAAUAAAGAAGAACAAGACGUAUUUUUUAUGACAAUGUGCAAGUAAAGUGUUGGCUCAAGGUGUCUCUAAACAUAACCAAGAUAUUUCUGUAAGAGAAGAACUCUGUGAAGGUCAGUAAGUGAACUGUUAUGAUACACAAGAAGUGCUUGAAGGGCAAUGCUAAAAUGCAGAAAAAUAUAUUUUAAUCUUUUAUAAAGCUGCAUCAGUGCUAUCAACAGUUACCUGUGGGUAUCUGGUUGACAACAGUAAUAUACUGAUCUUUGUUUUCCAAACGUAGUUAUGUUCUGAUAUGGAAUAUCUUUUUAAAACGAAAGAUAUCCAAAAACAUUUCAUACAUAUAGACCAAAGAUAUACGACCUAUAAUAGUGAAUUACUUCAUUCCACAUUAUUUGAAGCGCAAGUGAUCAUGUCUUGUCAUUGUCACCAACAUUAAUAACAGAAAAAGAAAUAAAAAACAAACUCAAUGCAAUAACUUUUCGAUUAGACUUAUUCCAGUGUGUUGUUAUGUAUAAUACCGAACUCAUGAGUUGUAUGGGAAAUACAAAAAAUACGUAACCUUUUUUAGAUGCGAAACCAGGGAACUAUUAGAAGCCUGUCUAUCUCCUUUUUAAAUCACCAGAGGAACGAAGAAUAAAUGAAUGAUGUAAGCACUGAACAGUCCAAUGGUAUAAUCACUCAAGAUGUCUUGUGUUAAAUCACAUUUUUCACUUAAUGUAACCUUAUAGGGACGUUUUUCUAAUCAAUUCAGAAAAUCUUUAAAUAAAUGACAAUUUUGACGUAUCUAUAACAAGCCAAUGAGCUACAGAUGCGCCAAAACAGUUAAGCAAACAAGUGAGGUUCGGAUCGCAGUCGUUAUUAAUAUAAUGUGAAUUUGUUUUAAUUUUUAAAAGUUUUCGUCGUACUUUUGAGUGACUUGCUUGAAAGUGUGUGGUAGUAUAUUAUUUCUGUUUGUAAACGAUUUACCGUAAUUUCCCCAAAAGGGGGCCGAAAGCCGCUUGCAGGGGUCACCUGUUUUAACCACUCACAUCACUAUACAGUAGUGU